ACUAAAUUAGGUAAAGCCCUUUUCGGAUUCUUGUAUACUCUUAGUAAUUAUCUUUUAUUAGAUGUCUUGUUACAUCUUUCAACUGGCAAAAUUAAAACGCCAUUUAUCAGGUGAAAAAAUCUCUCCUUUAGUGUAAACAUGAGUGCCAAUAAUAUAUGUAAUCGUUGUGAAAAGCGUGUCUAUCCUAUUGAAGAACUAAAAUGUUUGGACAAAGUGUGGCACAAAACUUGCUUCAAGUGUCAAGGAUGUGGAAUGACUCUUAACCUUAAAACCUACAAGGGUUACAACAAAUUGCCCUAUUGUAAUGCCCAUGUACCACAAGUUAAGUAUACCGCAGUUGCUGAUACACCUGAAGCUCGACGCCUUGCUGAAAAUACUAGAAUCCAAAGUAACAUUAAAUAUCAUCAAGAUUUUGAGAAACUCAAAGGAAAAGUCACUCAAGUUGCCGAUGAUCCAGAAACUCUGAGAAUUUUAAACUCAUCAAAAAUGAUUAGCAAUGCUGCUUAUCAUGGUGAAUUUGAGAAAAAGAAACAAAUGGAAGAGAAACGAAGUCUUUUACCUGAUGCCACUGGAGUUUCUCUUGUCACAAUUAAUCAAGUUAACGAUACUGGUGCUCACAAGGUAGGCUCAAUUGCGGAAUACGAUCCAAUGAAUGACAGAUUUGGAUCGAUUGCUUCUGGAUAUCGACGAGAAAAUCAAACAACUUUAUACUAUAAUCAACCUCUUUCAACGCCAAAUGUGAUGGGGCAGCAAGCUAUUAAUAAUGUUGGCUAUCGGUUACCAAGUAGCAAAUCAUUUCGAGCAAUGUAUGACUAUACUGCUCAAGAUAACGAUGAAGUUAGCUUCCGUGAAGGUGAUCUUAUUAUUAACUGUCAAUCAAUUGAUCAAGGUUGGAUGACAGGGACCGUUCAAAGAACUGGUAUGUCUGGUAUGUUACCGGCAAACUACGUUGAACCGUAUAGCGCAAACAUGUGAAAUACUCAUCGACUGCAAAUUGGUUAAUACAAAAUUUAAAAAUCAUUUUUUCUCUGACUUUCUACAAUAUUCUUAUUUGAGCAUAGAUCAGUAUUUUUAACUCACGUUGUCAAUUAAUUUAAAAACUUUGAUAUUCUUGGAGAAAAUUUGUAAUUUACCUUCUUGUGAAAAUAACCCAAGAAUGGUAGAAAGAAUAUUAUGAGAAAUUAGGUUGAUUAACUUAUAAUUUCCUCUGAUACUAACCUGUUUCAAGUUGAAGGUUUGACAAUAAAAACAGACAACUUUAAUUUUUUAUACAAAUUAACAACGAUCACAGAAAAAUUUAGUCAGCAAAAAAAUGAUCGACUUCACGUUGUUUAGAACAUAAAAGUGCAUAUAACAAAGAUGGGUUGAUAUAAGGCAAACUGUGAUUUCCCGUUUCGACUACACAACCAUCCCGAAGGACGUAAAUUGAAUCUACAUCAACAGCAGUUGGGAGCCGAUGAAUUAUACAGAUUAAUGUUCAACCAUGGGCAGCUUUUGAUGAAGCCUUAAAAAUUUUCUGUGUAACGAACAAAAUUAUUAAGAUAAUCAUCACUUUUAAGGUUAUAAUAAAAUGUAAUUUUCAUACAA